AUGGCUGUGCGCCUGUGGAGGGCGCUGCGCUGGGGGGAUGGCGCGCGCCUCGUCGACCCGGAACACUCCUUCGGAGCGUGCGCCGUCGGAUCGACGGCUUCAGACUCGUCCGACGGCGAUCCGAGCGCAGAGGAGGAGGUGGAGGUGUGCGGACACUGCAAAGAGCUAGCGCCCAAGUGGGCCGAGGCGGCGGCCAAGUCGAAGAAGCUCGACACACCUGUGCCACUCGCCAAACUUGACGCCGACGCCCACGGCGACCUCGCUGGCCGCUUUAGCGUGAGCGGCUACCCGACGCUCAAGCUCUUCAGAAACGGGGUGGCCGAGGACUACAGCGGCGGACGGGAGGCGGAUCAGAUCGUCGCUGCGCUGCAGAAGAUCGCCUCCUUUGUCCCGCCCUCGCAGAUCAAGUCGGACGACGACCUGGCCGCCGCGCUCAAGGCGAGCGCAGGCAAGCCGCUCGUGCUCGGCCUCUUCCGCCAGCCCGUCAAGGCGUCGAGCGCGUACAAGGCGUUCGACAAGCUUGCGCACGAGACGGCUGGCCAGCAAGUGGCAUACGCGUGGAGCGGCUCGUACAGCGCGCCACCCGUGAUGCCGCUUAUCAACGGCAAGAAGCCGCCCGUCCCAGGGCUGCUGCUCCUCGACGACGUUGAUGUGAAAUACGAGGAGGCGCCGCCCCCGGAGGAGCCCGAGCCGGGCCACGGAGGAGACGGAGAGUACCCGUACGGAGACGACUAG